AGACAGUAGCGAGUUUAUGCAGAGGAAAGUUUUUUUCUGAUACUCAUAUUUUGCUCUAGUACAAAUGUUAUGCUGUGAGAUGCGGACCUGAUUAUUUGUUCAAUGAAGUAAGGAAUACCGCAUUAUACAGGUUUUAUGGAUAUUGUUCAUCUCGUAAAGGAAGAAAGCACCAAAAAAGACGCUCUUCAAACAGGCACGGCUUAGCAAUGAGUAUAGAAACUUCACAUAUAGCGUGUAUAGAAUGUAUUUAGAAAGCUGCUUUCUAACUUGAACUGUUCUGGGAAUAACUGAAAGUGUCAUUCUAUCAUAACGUUCGAUCUAACUCGCAUGGAACAAACUUCUGAGACACAACUGUUGUUAUAUUACAAAUAGUGCCUAACACAAGAGAAUAUUUGUGUAGUAUAUCCAAUUGAAUGUGCAGCUGAACUACAUUUUGCGCGGUGGAACUGGCGGAGUAAUACAGCUACCAUGUCGCGCCACAGGACAGUUGUCAUUGCAAUAGACGAUAGUUUUCAUUCAGAAUUCGCGUUUGACUUUUACGUAGACAAUGUACAUAGACAAGGAGACCGGAUAGUUCUAGUUCAUGUCCCCGAAUACAGCAAUGUAUUGUCAACAUCGUCGUUGUUGACUGAUCCAAACAUUGUGUCUGAUCUUCUGAAAGAUAACGAGGAAAAAGUUCGUGAUCUUGUGGAGAAAUAUUCCAUGAAAAUGAAAGAAUGUCACUUAAGUGGUCACGUCAAGCAACAGUGCGGGAAACCAGGCGAAGCUAUUAUUGAAGCUGCAAAAGAAGAAGGCGCAUCAAUGUUGAUACUGGGAACCAGGGGAAUGGGUUUGAUUAGAAGAACAUUUACCGGAAGUGUCAGUGAUUAUUGCCUACAUCAUUCGGAUAUUCCAGUUCUUGUUUGUAGACACAAAUCGCAUAUUAAACAUACAUGUGAACACCAACCUUAACAGCUUUCAUUAACUUUGUAACGACCGCAGCGUGAAGACAGACUUAACAUGUUGCGCCUGGUGUACAUAUUGUCAUUCAGUCGUGUUUGUACACAAACUGGUACCAAACCAGACUACAAAGCGCAAAACUAUAUUAUUUGUAUGUGACGACACGCAAUUUGAAUUUUGUUUUACGAACUGAAUUAGAAAUACAGGGACACUGAGUCUCAUGUUUUGUGAUAAAGUUAUAACUAUGGUUUUACCGUUUGAGUUAUUUAUUUCAGUAUAUCUGUUUGAACAUGUUUUGUGGUAUUAAUAAACAUGUACUAAUCGUUA